AUGGCAUCGGUUGACACAAUUCUUGCUACUAAAUACCCAGCCAAGGCCCACGCUCGUCGUGUGGCCGAGUCUCUCCAGGCUCGUCAUGGCGAGGCUGGCGUUCUCUACUUGGAGGCGCAAAAAACACGGUUCAUUGAGGACAACGACGAGACCAUGCCAUUCAGGCAACGUCGCCCGUUCUUCUACUUGACGGGAUGUCUACUGCCUGAUGCGUCUGUGGCCUACGAUGUCAAAGCAGACCAGUUGACCUUGUUCAUUCCUCCCAUUGAUGCGGACUCUGUCAUCUGGUCCGGCCUGCCUAUGUCCCCCGAGGAGGCUGCAAAUCUCUAUGAUGUUGAUCGUGUCCUCUAUACCACAGAUGUCAAUGCUACUCUGGCUGCCAUUGCGGCCAAUCAGGGCGGCAAAGCACCCAUUUUCGCCAUCUCGGAACAAGUGUCGGAGGAUGUCAAGCUCCAGGGAUUCUCGACAACAAAUCUCUCUGUUCUGAAGGAUGUCAUUGGUGACGCUCGUGUGGUGAAGGAUGCGUACGAGGUGGCGCUGCUGCGAAGGGCCAACGAGAUUUCCGCCAAGGCUCAUAUCGCCGUCAUCAAGGCGGCUCAAGCUGCAACCAACGAGCGCGAGUUGGAGGGCGUCUUUAUCAGCGCUUGUAUUGCCAAUGGUUGUCGGGAACAGUCUUACCACCCCAUCUUUGCCAGUGGCGAAAGUGGUGCGACGCUACACUAUGUCAGCAACGACAAGCCCCUCGUUGAUUCAGUCACCCAACAGCGGAAAAAGAACCUGCUCAUCGAUGCGGGUGGUGAAUAUCAGACUUACUGUGCCGAUAUCACCCGCGUGAUCCCCUUGGACGGUAAGUUCACACUGGAGACCCGGCAGAUCUAUGAGAUUGUCCUUGAGAUGCAGUCGCAGUGCAUUGCCGUGUUAAAGGAUGGAGUCAAAUGGGAUGAUGUCCAUGCAUUGGCGCAUCGCAUCGCAAUUAAGGGAUUGUUGAAGCUCGGAAUUCUGCGCGGUACGGAGGAAGAGCUAUUUGAGAAGCGGAUCAGCGUGGCUUUCUUCCCGCACGGCCUUGGACAUUACCUGGGAAUGGACACCCAUGACACCGGUGGCUAUCCCAACUAUGCGGAUGAGGACAAGAUGUUCCGGUAUCUGCGUGUGCGCGGCAACCUGCCAACGGGCUCUGUCAUCACCGUUGAGCCUGGGAUUUACUUCUGUCGAUUUAUCAUCGAUCCUGUCCUGAAAUCCCCGGAGUUGGGCAAGUACAUUGAUGCGGAUGUUUUGGAACGGUACUGGGCCGUGGGAGGUGUGCGCAUCGAGGACAACGUUCACAUCACGAAAGACGGCUCCGAUAACCUGACCUCUGCACCAAAGGCUCUUGUCGAGGUGGAGAGCCUGGCCCAAUAA